AUGUUCCGCAAUCAAUACGACAGCGAUGUCACCGUAUGGAGCCCUCAAGGGCGUCUCCAUCAGGUAGAGUAUGCUAUGGAGGCGGUCAAGUUAGGCUCUGCUACUGUAGGUUUGAAAAACAAACAGUUUGCAGUACUAAUAGCUUUGAAGAGAGCAGUGAGUGAGCUGUCCGCAUAUCAGAAAAAGAUCAUACCGAUAGAUGAUCACAUUGGUAUAUCUAUUUCUGGGCUGACUGCCGAUGCUCGUAUGUUGAGCCGAUUCAUGAGAACUGAAUGCCUGAACCACCGGUACUCCCAUGAUGCUCCAAUGCCAGUGGGUAGAUUAAUUGCACUAGUGGGUAACAAAAUGCAGAUCUGUACCCAGAGAUAUGACAAGAGGCCUCUUGGAGUAGGUUUGCUGGUUGCUGGUUAUGAUGAUCAAGGUCCGCACAUUUACCAAACUUGUCCUUCAGCCAAUUUCUUCGACUGUAGGGCAAUGGCCAUUGGUGCCCGUUCGCAAUCUGCACGUACAUACCUCGAGAAGCAUCUGAACACUUUCAUGGAUUCCGACUUGCAAGAGUUGGUAGCGCACGGACUCAGAGCCUUGAGGGAUACUUUGCCUAAUGAAGUAGAGCUUAACACUAAGAAUGUGUCCAUAGCUAUUGUGGGUCCCAAGACUCCGCUGCGCGUAAGUGACGAGGCGGAGUUGACUCGCUUUUUAGCGCUGGUGGAGGGGGAGGAGAGGAGGGGAGGGGGUGCUAGCGCGACAGGAGAUGCAGGUCCAGCCCCCGAUCGCCCCGCGGGGGAAGACAGAGAUCCUCAGGCAGCGGUUGCCAUGGAUACGGAG